UUAGUAAAUUAUAUUCUAAUGGCUGUUUUGAAAACCACAAAAAAAUAUAUUUCUUAGGAAACAUUAUUCAUGUAAAUGACAGCAAUGUCCAAAGAAAACGACCAAAAUUCUGAACAUAUCGAUAGUGUCGACGUCGACGGAUUAGAAAAGGAGUGCGUUACAAAAAGUGAUCAAAACAGCGAUUCUGGUGUCGAUACUGGAGAACUGAGUUCCGCUACGGCAAAUGCGUCUUCUGAUUCGGAUGUCUCUCCCCUUAAAAAUUCAGAUAAACCCCUAUCUGAAGACGAAAUUAGCAAAAAUGAGGACUCUAUCGAAAAUGAAAGUUCCCUCACUCCAGCCUCUAUAUCUCCUAUCGAACCAAUUGAAAACGUGAGUUCAGAUGAUCCGUUAGCCAAUGAAACUGCCGAAAAUAUUCUCAUAACAAAUAAAAAUGAUUUUGAAAGAGAUGAACAGAAAUCUAGCAAUCAUUCAGAAAUAGGUACUUCACAUAUUCCUGAACAUGAUCAACUAGAAGUUUCUAUGUAUACGCAAACAGAUUUAGAUAAUGUCAAUAGAAAUUUAACAAUGUCAACUGUUAGCUUAAAUGAGCCUAUUAAAAACUUAGAAAAUAGUAUAAUAUGUAAAUCACCUUAUAGUAAAAGUGCAGAAAAUAUAUCCAAUUUAGAAGAACCACAGGCUAACAGUUUAAAUUCCAGUACAAACACUAUAAACACUGAUGAAAUUUUAUCCGAAUUUGCUAAUCAAAAAUCUAAAAUUAGCGCCACACAAAAGAUAAUACCUGAAAAUCAACAAGACACAAAACAUAGUCGACUACCAAAGGAAAUUUUAUCCCAAGAUUUGGGUAGUAUUGUUAAAAAUGUCCAUGGAAUCUUUUGGUCAGUUGGUGGCAACAUAAAAAAUGCGUACACUCAAAGAGUGUCUGCCCAGAAGGUUCCCGUUAAGAAUUUAAAACCAAUACUAAACGGUAAAGUUAUGAAUGACAUAUUUGAAAAUACAAUUGACAAUCAAAUACCAAAUUCUGACAAAAAUAUAGUCACAAAAGAGAUCAAAUCAACUCCAGAGCCAAAAGUUGAUGUGAAUGGAGACUGUGAUGACAUGAAAAAAGAUGUAUUAAAGCUGCAAAUUGAAUCUUUGGAAAGAAUGCUUUCGGAACAGCGUAAAGAAAAUGUGAUGCUGAGGGAGAGAGUUAAACAGCAUGUUGAUGAACUGAAUAUAAAAGAUCAGACAUUUAAAGAAUUAGAAGCUAAACUUGAUGUGAUGGGUAAGAAAGUGGAACAGGCUCAGCGGGACGCGGAUGCUGCAGUGAUGAAGUACGCGGGAGCGGAGUGCGCAGCUAUUGAGGGUCGUCGUGCAGCUGAGGCGGCUAAACGAGCUCAGCAAGCAGCGGUGACCGAGUGCGAACUGCUCGCCGGCAAACUGAAGAGUGCGCAUUCUGAGAAGCAAAGGAUAUGUCAGUUGUAUGAUGAUAAGUGCCAUGAACUACAAAACAGUGAAAGAGAGACGGCAAAAUUACGUGAAGAUAUAAAAGAGUUGGAAGGCAGAUUGAAAUGGACACAGAGCAAACUGCGCAUGGAAAUGGACGCUUAUAAGGAGAGUUCGGAGCGCGCAGAGAAACUGUCUCAGCAGGUGACAGAGUUAGAAGCGGCUAAAGAGGCGGCUGCAGCCGGCGCUACUGACUCCGCCAGGGCUAAAGUAUUAGAAUGUGAACUAAAGGAAAGUCAGGCCGCGUUAAUAUUGUGCCGACACGAGCGAGAUGAACUUGAGAGGAAGUUGACUGCAGUCACACAGCAGCUGGACACGUGUAAGAGAGAUAGAGACGACGCGACUGCAGCUCUCUCUAUUGCUACCGAUGAAGUGGAUCGUCUCCGAGUGCACAAUGCUCGGCUGGAGCAGGAGGCGGCCGAGCUGGCGGCGCUGAGGGCGCAGGCCGCGCUGGCUGACACGCUCAGCUCGCAGCUGCAGAGGGAAACAGAACGCGCGUCACAAGCCGAAGAGGCGUUAAGUCGUGAGCGCGCACGCGCAGAGACGUGCGCGCGACGCGAGGCGGCCGCGCUCGAGCACGCCGCGCGCCUCACUGCGCAGCACGUCGCGCAACGCGCGCGCACCUCCGAACACGAGGCCAAGGCUCAGGCGUUGUCCGCUGACAAUGUGUCAUUACGCGAACGCGCUGAAGCUUUAGAGGCGGAGGUGGAGAAACUUCGCAGUGCAUUAUCUGAGGAGGAAGAGAGAAGACAGCGGGAGAAUAGAGUGCUGGCGAGGAAGGUGGCGGAGUUGACGGAGGAAGUGGCAGAUGUGAGCAAGAGACUUGAGUGGGAGAAGGGAGAGAACGGCGUGUUAAAGAAGAAACAUUCCAGUGCCAUAAAGGAAUUGAAUCGUGAACUGCAAAGAGCAUUGAAACGCAGCGAGCAACUUGAAGCCAGAUUGCAGAACGACGCCGCCUCCAACAGAACUGGUUCCGUAACUUCAUUAAGCAGCGGUGAAGGUGCGCAAAGUGAAGAGCGCACGCAAAAUGGUUUGCCUGAAUCUAUUCCUGAUGUACAGACACGAGAGCCGGAACGUCAAGCGCUGAUAGAGCGCAUAGUGUCGCUGCAGCGCGCGGCCGCGAGACGCGCCGAGCGCUGCGACUUCCUGGAGGAGCACUCGCGACAGCUCACAGCUGAGCUGCGCGGCAAGGCGCGUCUGCUGCGACAUCUGCUGGCUGCGCAGCCUGCUGGAGCAGUCGCCACCAGCGCCAGUGACACCAACAAGCCGAAGAGGAGGUUAACAAAGAAGGAGAUAGCGAUGCUGGGUGGGGGGGCGAUGGCGGCGCUGUGGGGCGGAGACCCCGCGGGUCUGACGCCGCAACUCUCGCUGGAGAUGAACCGACGUCUGCAGGCGCUGCUGGAGGACACACUGCUCAAGAACAUCACUCUCAAGGAGAACAUUGACACAUUGGGGGAGGAGAUAGCUAGAUUAAAAGCUGAGAAGCAGGCCGAACAUUGAUUGUAACUUCUGUACACAUGUUGUCUCUUUCCUAUCAAAGAAGUAUGAAAGGGAUACGUAAUAUAAAUGUCACUGCAGCCAAGUUUAAAAAAAAAGUGUUCAAUGACAUAACGUUGUAACAACAAGAAAAACACAU